AUGAUGUUGCCUUGCCUAGCUGGAGUAACACAAGUCAUACGCGUGUGGCGUGCUAGUGAUUCCGGUCGAGAACAAUCGAGUAAGCUAGUCGUUAUACGGCGUACCACUAGUCUCAUAGAAGCAGCUCGUCUAUCCGCCGAAGAGUUUGGCUUAAUGGAGGAAGAGCGUGACAAUUACCGAUUGGUUCAGGUGAGUGAAUUUUAA